AGUGUUUUCGGGUGAACUUCCCCUUUAAGGACUUCCCCUAUGACUAAGAUAGUACGGGGUAAAUCUACAGACAAAACGCAGAAGUGACCCCCUCUCUGGUUCACUGUAAAAUGAAAGUAGUCUACACCACACCACUCUCAGUCUCACAGAGGACGGCAUGCAGGAAAAGACAUGAUUGUGUCAAGACUUCGACCAGUCGUUCCCCCAAAGCCUUCUAACCUCAAAGCCUUGGGGCCAAACAUCCCAAACAACUUCCAGACCAAGAACCAGAACCAGAACCAACCCCCAUCAGGGGACAGGAGCCAGUGGAGGAAACAACAUCAACUACUGGAGGGGAAGGUGAAGAGGAUUGUGCGUCAGUUCAGCAGCCAGGAGAAUGAGGUGAUGGGGCAGGCAGGGCUAGGGACAGGAACAGGGGCAGGGGCAGAGACAGUAACAGGGGCAAAGCAGGGAGACAGUGGGGUGGUAUGGUGGACAAGGACAGAGGCAGGACAGCAGGCAGACAGUGACAGGGGACAGACAGGGGCCGGGCAGGCCGACUAUGAAGCUAUAAUAAUGAGCCCUUCUGUGGAACUCAGCCUCAUACCACCUCCAGUACCACUGAGAAAGCCACGUUCUGGCCCUCAAACACAACCUACAGCACAACCUACAGCACAGAGUCAUGCCGUGCCCCUGGGGCAGGAGACAGACCACCAUCAGAGCACCCUCCUCACACCUGGACAUGGACAAGAAAACAGAUCAGCUCCCGAUGGUAGUGAUGUGGAUGAAGCGCCUGUGUGUGUUACCAUGGAGAGCAGCCAAACCCCAGGCUCGGCAGCGCCCCCUUGUGGUCACCAUGGCAACAGGACACAGUGCCAGUGCAUCUGUCACCUGAGGAGAACUGGCAUGAAGUUAGUCUGGGUUCCUCUGGAGGAAGAGGAAGAGGAGGACUACGUAGAAGUGAUAGGGGAUGAAGAGAAAGAAAAACGAGGGAAUGAGGACCAGAAGAGAGAGAGGACAGAGGAGAAUGAAGAGAUGUUGGGAUCUUUCGGAGCAGAGGAGCGAGGGGGUAAAAGUCAGACAGGGUGCCAGACAGAGACAGCUGCUGUGUUCAGUGAGCUCAGAGAGGUCAGAGUUCACGAGGUCAGCGAGAAUAAUAGCCAGAGAUCCAUCUCUUCAAAACAUAACACAUCAUCCAUAACACAGCAGCACAGAUCAAACACAAAGCAGACUAAACCCCCUCAAAACAACACUGAGACAGAUGAGGAUGAGGUUACAUACGAGGCCAUUCCCAUGAUUGACAGGAAAGAACCACCCCCACGCCCGAUGAAACUUCCACUGACACACAAGAUGAAGCAUCCCUCUACUCAGAAGGAUCAUCUCCAGAGAACCUUGUCCACUUCCUCUCUCUCUGGCCUACUAACCUCAAUUUCAAAGUCAGACAUCCAGAAGAGUACCCCUCCCCCCCAGACUCCUCCCUCCAUCUCCCACGGCAACCCCCAUCAGCCAAUCCUGCGACCUCUACCUCCACUUCCUGUUUUACAUGAUCUCCGCCUACUCCCCUGCCCCAUCAUGCCCCACCCUCCUCAACUCAGACCUCAGAUGCCAGUGAAACCUCUUCCACCUAACCCUGAGCCCAGUGGCCCUAGCUGUCCCAGGCGACACUCAUCCACAGAUGCUGAUGUUGGGGAUGACUGGGUGACUGUAGACGAAGAGGAGGGAGAGGAGCCACAGGAACAGGCAGAUAGUCCCAGGAGGAUCUCCUCAGACUGGGGACCUUUGAGGGUGGACGAACCUCUGUACCAGAUCUACCAGGCUAAGACCAUCAAGGAGGCGAUCCGGCUCCAGAGCAUCAGCCGGAGUGCCAGCAGGGCCACCGUGGACCACCAUGUGAGGCUUGGGGGCGGUGGGUCCUUAGGGGCCCCUAAGGGCCUGUCCUCCAGGGCCAGGAAGGGCCCUGCAGAGGUCACACUGUGGCAGGAGCUGCCGGUGGUCAGAGACAGUGGGAUCCUGGAGACACUCAGUCCAGAGGAGCUGCAGAGACAGGAGAGCAUGUUUGAAGUAUUGACAUCGGAAGCCUCGUACCUCCACUCACUGAACGUUCUCACUGAUCACUUCCUGAUGUGUCGUGACCUUGACGACACACUGGUUAUCCACGACAAGAAGACCCUCUUCUCCAACAUACUCCAUGUAUACGAGGUCAGCCAGAGGUUCAUGAAUGAUCUUCUGAAUAGGAUCGAUGAGAACAUUCUGAUAACUGAUGUGUGUGAUAUCAUCCACCAAUACGCUCUGUACGACUUCUCAGUCUACAUUGAUUACAUCCGUAACCAGGGUUACCAGGAGAGGGCCUACAGCUCCCUCAUGCAGACCAACAACCCGUUUGCGUUGGUGAUGCGGAGGCUGGAGGAGUCUCCUAUGUGUCGUCGUCUUCCCUUCACCUCCUUUCUGCUCCUUCCUUUCCAGAGGAUCACACGCAUCAAGAUCCUCGUACAGAACAUCCUGAAGAGGACUAAAGAGGGCACUAGGGAGGAGAACACUGCCUCUAGAGCCCUGAACUCAGUGUCUGAGAUCAUCAAGGAGUCCAACACCCAGGUGGGCCAGAUGAAGCAGAUGGAGGAACUCAUACAAGUCAGUAACACACUGGAGUUCAACAAACUCAAGGCUGUUCCCAUUGUCUCGAAGGCUCGCUACCUGGAGAAGAGAGGAGAGCUACACGAGCUCUCCAAGGGGGCCUCUCUCUUCAGUGCUCGUCUCAAACUCACCCCCAUCUACCUCUUCCUCUUCAAUGACCUACUCAUCAUCACAUGCAAAAAGAGCUCAGAGCGCUAUAUGGUGACAGACCACGCCCACCGCUCCCUGGUGCAGGUCCAGCCCGCAGGGUUUGGGGCUGGAGCGGGGGACCCAGGGCCCAAGUGGGAGCAUUCCUUCUGUCUGCUACUACUGGAGAACCACCAAGGCCUGGCCUGUGAACACCUGCUGAAGGCCCCCUCAGAGUCAGAUAUGCACCGGUGGAUGGCAGCAUUCCCUUCCCUAAAUGACCCAAACAGAGAGAACAAAGAGGUGAUUUAUGAGGACUGGGAUUGUCCCCAGGUGCAGUGUGUGGAACAAUAUGUUGCCCAGCAGGCUGAUGAGCUCACCAUGGAGCCUGCUGACAUCAUCAACGUGCUAUGCAAGACCAAUGAGGAUUGGUACAAGGGGAUGCGUCUGUCUGACGGGGAGAAGGGUUGGUUCCCUAGCAGAAGCGUGGUGGAGAUAACCAACGAGCAUCUGAGGAGAAGGAACCUUCGGGAGCAGUACCGCAUCGCUCAAGCUGCAGCUAAAGUCACAAAGAACCAACUACCUGCAUAGUUUAAUGUGCGUCCCAAAUCGCACCCUAUUCCCUACAUAGUGCUCUAGUUUGGAGAAAUGUCCAAUGGGUCCUUGUCAAAAGUAGUGCACUAUAAAAGGUAUUACAGUGCUAUUUGGGACAUACCCUGUGUCAAACCAAGGAUUUCUCUAACCCUCUUUUUCUUGUUUUUACAAACUUUUUUUUUUUUUUACCCACAGAGCUUCAUCUCAAGUGCAUCAUAUAUAUAUACUUUUGUAGCUGUAAUGGUUAAACUAGUAGUGCUAUACUACUCUUACCUACACCUGCUGCCAAAUGCUCCCCAUCCACUGUUUGAUGUACUGUAUUGAUGGAAAUCUUUCCUAGACAAAAUCAAUCAAUAAACAUGUUUAUAUGCA